UGUACUACAACAACAGUAGCACAUACUGCUAAAAGACUGACAAACUCAUUUUAAUAAUAAGAAACAUCAGCAUGUACUCAACUAAAAGCGAGGGACCGCGCAGAGGAAGAUCUUUUGACUCCAUGAACAUUGGUCUGACAUUGGAAGAGAAGCAACUUAACAAUGAGAUGAACAAAUCUGCCUUUCCAAAGAUCGAGGAGAAUAAAGACAACAAAACCGCGUCUACAGAGAGGGGCCGGGCUGCUCUUGUGUUCUCUUUGAAGAAUGAAGUCGGUGGGCUUGUCAAGGCACUAAAACUUUUCCAGGAAAACCACGUCAAUCUCGUCCACAUCGAGUCCAGAAAAUCCAAAAGGCGCAACUCCGAGUUCGAGAUCUUCGUAGACUGUGACAGCAACCGCGAGCAACUGCACGAGAUCAUUCAGCUGCUGAGGAAACACGUGAACGUGCUCGAGAUGGACGCACCUGACAACCGUCUGCCUGAAGAAAGCGAGAUGGAGAACGUGCCGUGGUUCCCGAAGAAGAUUUCAGAUCUGGAUAAAUGUGCGAACCGUGUGCUGAUGUAUGGAUCCGACUUGGAUGCGGAUCAUCCAGGAUUCAAGGACAACGUCUAUCGCAAAAGGAGAAAGUAUUUUGCAGACUUGGCUAUGAGCUACAAACAUGGAGAUCCUAUUCCCCGUAUAGAGUUUACAGAGGAGGAGGUGAAAACAUGGGGAGUGGUGUUCAGGGAGCUGAAUAAACUCUACCCCUCACAUGCCUGCCGCGAGUACCUGAAGAAUCUGCCCUUGCUCAUCAAACACUGUGACAUCCGCGAGGACAACAUCCCACAGCUGGAGGAUGUCUCGCGCUUCCUCAAAGAGCGCACCGGCUUCACCAUCAGGCCUGUGGCUGGGUAUCUCUCCCCACGAGACUUCCUGGCAGGUCUGGCCUUCCGUGUGUUUCACUGCACUCAGUAUGUCCGGCACAGCUCAGACCCCCUCUACACACCUGAGCCAGACACAUGUCAUGAGCUGCUUGGACAUGUCCCUCUCUUGGCCGAGCCCAGCUUUGCUCAGUUUAGUCAGGAGAUUGGUCUCUCGUCACUGGGAGCAUCGGAUGACUCUGUACAGAAACUCGCCACUUGUUAUUUCUUCACUGUGGAGUUUGGCCUCUGUAAGCAGGAAGGGAAACUGAGAGCUUAUGGGGCCGGUCUGCUGUCCUCUAUCAGUGAGCUGAAGCAUGCACUGUCAGGAAAUUCCAGGAUCUUGCCCUUUGACCCCAAUGUGACAUGCAAACAGGAGUGCAUCAUCACCACCUUUCAGGAUGUCUACUUUGUUUCAGACACCUUUGAGGAAGCAAAAGUCAAAAUGAGGGAGUUUGCAAAGACCAUCAAGAGGCCAUUCUCAGUACGCUACAACCCAUACACACAGAGUGUAGACGUUCUGAAGGACACAACCAGCAUCAACAACAUGGUAGAAGAACUAAGACAUGAGCUGGACAUCAUUGGAGAUGCACUAAACAGGCUAAACAAACAGUUAGGAGUCUGAAAAUCUAAAAAAAAAAAAAAUCCCAGCAAAUCAUCAAUGUACUUUAUCAACAGUGCACCUGUUUUGUCACAGUACUUCACUCUCCAAAUCGUGUAUGGCAUCAAU